AUGUCGGAACAAGACAGGUUCUACAAUGCCAAUGAUUUCAACUCUUCGCCACUGAAUAUGAACAUAGAUCCAGAUGCUGAAUCAACGCCACUACAACUUGAGAUGAAUCUCGCAAAUUUGGACCCUGCUCUGAGAGCACCUGUCGCCACUCGCCAUCGCUACUACCAAGCUGUAUUGAACAUUUUGGAAGAAUCUCGGACGCUGAAUCCUGAAAAUUACUUCACUUUUGCACCCCAGAUGCAAGAAUUAAGCCGCCUUGCCCACGAAUUUGAUGUUUGGCAGUGUGAAAUCACCCGUCUCAACCUGAAUGUGGAGGAAGCAGAUGCCGAAGCUGACACCGCAAACAUUCAACGAAAUUUUGAUCGUGCCAUGAAGUUAGCUCGCUUGCCAUACUUAAAACUUUCAGAGGAAAAUCGUCGACAGAACGAGACAAAAUCUCAGCAGGACCAGCAAACCUUGUUAUCAUCUAUUUCUGCCGCCGUCGCCGCCGCCACUUCUUCAAAUUCUAGCCUUUUGCAGACCAACGCCGUGAGAUCCGCCUUCAAAUUGCCGCCACUUCAGUUGCCAAAAUUCGAUGGAACUUUGUCGGACUGGCAAAACUUCAAGGCUAGAUAUGAAGCUGCAGUUCACAACAAUCCCAACUUAGGAGUUCUCGAGAAAUUUCAGUUUUUACUUGCGCAGCUGAGUAACGAGCCACUGAAUCGCAUCAAAGGAUUGCCGUUGGAGCCGAGCAGCUACGCUGAAGCCUGGAAUUUGUUGUGUGAACACUAUGAUAGCGAUAAGCGACAUCUUGCCUCCCAUUUCUCAGCACUGGCUGAAUUGCCAGAUCUAAAACAGCGAAACGAGAUCCCUCCAUUUUUAGCAAAGAUCCAGGAGCAUCUCCAUGCCUUACGCGCACUGAAACAGGACUUGACCGUUAUUGGACCGGCUCUCGUCAUGCCAAUUCUGAAGCGUUUUUCAGAAGAAAUCAUGGGGAGAUUUGAGGACCAACGAGAGGACUGCAAGAAAUUCGCAACUCUAACGGAGAUUGAGGAUUUUCUGAAGUCCGAAACAGUGAAGUUGUUGGACUCAUCAUCAACCGCCGUCGCCCCGCCUACGCAAAAAGCCACGCCGUCAGCAGCUAAGAUUUUAGUCACGAGCUCGGAAGCCACGCCAGGGAGUCAGAAACCAAAACCGAAAAAUUCUUCAAAUUCCAAGAAAAAUAAAAAUUCUUCAAACCAAACUUCUGAACAAAGCCAGUCAUGCCAAUGUUGCGUAAGCACAAAGCCCAGUACAGACGCCUCCUCAUCUCACCAGAACUCGCCGAGAAUCAACCCAGCAUCUGGCAGAGCAUACUAUUGUCAAUGGUGCGAAGAAAAUCACCCCUUGGUGCAAUGUGACAAAAUAAAAUCUUUGACCGUCGCCCAACGCCGUACCCAAGUUAAAGCUGAGAGUAGAUGUUGGAACUGCCUGUCCGUCAAACACCACUCCCGGUUGUGUCCCAGUACAAAACGAUGUUUGCAUCAUCCGACAGAGAAACACAACACGCUCCUGUGCGAACAUGUUCCUGCCGGAACCAGCCCCGCGCCCGCCGUCGCCCAGACGGUUCCAGCCACAGCUCCUUCGGUAAACGCCGCGGUCAGCAGUUUCUCGCGACACUCUGGAGCCGAACCAACCAUCUGCGUUGCCAAAUCGCCGCCAACCGUAAAUCUCCUACCUACUGCAUUGGUUCAACUCCGAGCGGCAUCCGGCUACAGCGUUACCGUUCGAGGUUUGAUAGACUGCGCGGCUACUCACAGCGCCGUCACUUCUAAAUGCGCCGAAUUUUUGAAGCUCUCAGCAGAAGGUGAAUCUUCGACAAUUAGAGGUUUCGCUGCCACGCCGGUCAGAAUUAAAGGAAAAAUACGCGCUGAUAUUCUUUCAAGAUUUGGUCAACCUUUUGGGCAAAAUCACGAAUGGAUAGUAACGGAUAAAAUUACUACGCAACUACCAGCAGCUCCUGUAACUGAAAGGCUCAGAGUCAUGUUCGAAGAAAACCUAUUAGCGGAUCCGGAGUUUCACACGCCAGCCGACAUUGAUGUUCUCAUCGGUGUAGACCUGUUUGCGGGAUUAUUUUCAGGAGAAGCUCACACCACGCAAGAAGGAAUGGUGCAUGUGAAAACAUUUUUUGGAAUUGUCUUCGCUGGCCCCGCUGCUCUUCAAAUGCCACGCCAACAGCCAAGUUUUCAACCAGUAAUUUCCGCCUUUAUAGACGCCGAGUUGCCAGGACUAAGCCAACAAUUUGAUCGAUUUUAUGAAGCAGAAGCCGCCGCAUCUACAAUUUUAUUUUGUGCCAAUACAGAAUUCUCUCCGCAGCCACGCCCUCUCGUAGAACCUACAAUUAACGCCGCAACGCUUCCCAUUCCGGAACAUUUUGAAAGAUUUUGGGCCCUUGAAGAAUUUGCUCCAAAACCGCAUUUAACGCCAGACGAAGUAUAUUGCGAAGAAUUUUACAAGCAAACAACCACACAGCUAGACAAUAAGCGUUAUCAAGUUCGCUUACCAUUCAGACCUAACCAUCCGCCUCUUGGAGAAUCACGCUCGCAAGCUGAAAAACGUUUUGUCGCCUUAGAGAAGAGAUUGGAUCGAGACGCCGUUUUUGCGGAACAAUAUAGGAAGUUUAUGAAAGAUUAUGAAGACGCCGGUCACAUGAUUCCAGUGACAGCCCCAUCGCCCACAGACAGCUUUCAAGGAUAUUACUGCCCUCAUCAUGGUGUACUCAAAGAAUCCUCUUCUUCCACAAAAUUGCGAGUAGUAUUCGACGCCUCUGCCAAAAGCAGCACUGGAUUAAGUCUGAAUGAUAUUUUGUUAAAUGGACAAAAAUUACAGAAAGACAUACGACAUGUGCUCCUCCAUUUCCGACGCCAUCCAAUUGCAAUUUCCGCCGACAUACGCCAGAUGUAUUUGCAGAUUGAGCUCCAUCCUGAUGAUUGGUUUUAUCAACUGAUUUUGUGGAGAAAGGACAAAAACGAACCUAUACUCACUUACGCCCUCGCAACAGUCGCCUUUGGCAUCAAAUCCUCGCCGUUUCACGCCCUUAGGACCUUAAAGAAAUUAGCCCAAGAUUUUGGUCAUCGUUUUCCAAAAGCAGCCGCAAUUAUUCUAAACGCCACCUAUAUGGAUGAUAUUCAAUUUGGAGCAAGCACAGAAGAAGAAGCACAAGGAUUAAUUGAAGAAUUAAUCGGUCUCCUGGCUUGUGGUGGUUUUACGAUGCACAAAUGGUUCUCCAGCCACCCGCAAGUUUUGUCUACGCUACCAGCCGAGAAGUUGGAAACGCCAAAGCUGAAAUUUUCGCAGGAAGACAAUCCUUGGUUUUCCGUAUUAGGCAUUCAAUGGGACGGGAAAGGGGACGAAUUUUCGUAUGAAGUCAAUUUCCGCCCGCACGCCGAGACAAAACGUGGAAUUUUAUCAAUGAUCGCCUCGAUUUACGACCCGAAUGGUUGGCUAGCUCCGGUCAUUUUCAGAGCUAAAUUAUUCAUGAAAGCCUUGUUUCUGCUAAAACAGCCAUGGGACGCCGUAGUGCCAUUGGAGAUGUCGCAAAGGUGGAAAGAAUUUUUCACUGAGUUACAAGAAAUACGCCAAAUUAGAAUUCCACGCUGCCUUCCUGCGCCCAACGCCUCUCACUAUGAACUCCAUUGUUUUGUAGAUGCCUCUCAGAAAGGAUAUGGAUGCGUUUUGUAUUUGCGCUCUUCGCCGUCGCCAAAUAGCCCUGCAACCUCGGUUUCGCUGAUAAUGUCAAAAACUCGAGUCGCCCCAAUCACGCCUGUAACUUUGCCACGCCUGGAACUCUGCGGAGCUCUACUUGCAGAAACCUUGCUUCGCGCCAAUCUGCACAUCUUGCAUGAUCAUUACGAUGCUGCCAAAAUCCAUUGCUGGACAGAUAGUACAAUAGUCCUUCAUUGGAUAAACACGCCUCCUCAUGAGCUACAAACUUUUGUGGCAAACAGAGUUGCAAAGAUUCGCGAAUUGGAUCAUUUGAUUACCUGGCAUCAUGUCAGGUCGGAAGACAACGUUGCGGAUUUGUGCUCGAGAGGCAUCGCCCCUUCUGAUAUUGUGCGUAAUGAAUUUUGGUGGCACGGACCUGCAUGGCUCACAAAACCGGAGAAAGAAUGGCCCACUUUCUCGCCUUUGCCAACGCCUAACACUGCAGAUUUGGAGCUGAAAAAAUGCAUCGCUAUAGAGCUAGUAAGCACCGCCGAGCAAGUAACGCAACAGCCUACAACAGAGGAAGAAUCAGACGCACGCAUGGAAUACGCCUUGGCCCUCAUUAGCAAAAAUGAUGGCGAGCUUUCUAAGCUUCAAGCCGACUACGCAUCCCUCAUGGGGGGGAGCUGA